UUCUCUUCACGAGUCCUCUCUGUGGAUGAAGGCGAAUGAGAGCAGUCGGCAUCUUCAUUUCUUUUCACCAGGAUUUAUAUCCAUCUAUGCAGCAAUCUGUGGAUUAAACGAAUGGCAUGUAGAACAGCACACACACUAGGUUACGAUGAUCGGCAGUCUUUAUUGUAGAUUUCGUGAUUUAAUUUUGUGUUACAAACCAACGUUAUAUUUUCAUUUGUAAAUAAGCUUUCACUAUAGGAAUAUAUUUACACUACGUCUCUUAAAAGCAUGAACAUGGAUGAAGAUAAUCGAGUGCCUGAAGAUCUUUCACUUGAAGAGAGAGAUGAACUGUCAAACAUUAGACGCAGAAAAAAGGAACUUCUAGAUGACAUUGAGCGAUUAAAGUUUGAGAUCUCUGAAGUAAUGACAGAGAUUGAGCAUUUAACGUGUGUCAGAGAGACUAAAAGCACUCAGAGGAACAAGCAGAUUGCUGCUGGAAGAAAGAAAUUCAAUAUGGAUCCUAAAAAGGGAAUUCAAUUUCUUUUGGAGAAUGAUCUUCUGCAACACACACCUGAGGACAUCGCUCAGUUCCUCUAUAAAGGCGAGGGCUUAAACAAAACUGUCAUAGGUGACUAUUUAGGAGAAAGGGACGACUUCAACAUUAAGGUAUUGCAGGCUUUUGUGGAGCUUGAUGAGUUUGCUGACCUCAAUUUGGUGCAAGCUUUGAGGCAGUUUUUGUGGAGUUUCAGACUCCCAGGUGAAGCACAAAAGAUUGAUCGUAUGAUGGAGGCAUUUGCUGCUCGAUAUUGCCAAUGUAACCCAGGUGUCUUUCAGUCCACAGACACAUGCUACGUUCUCUCGUUCUCUGUCAUCAUGCUAAACACCAGCCUACAUAACCCUAAUGUCAGAGACAAGCCUACAGUGGAAAGGUUUAUCAUAAUGAACCGGGGCAUUAAUGAGGGAGGUGACCUGCCUGAGGAGCUGCUCAGAAAUUUAUAUGAGAGCAUUAAGAAUGAGCCUUUCAAAAUUCCUGAAGAUGAUGGGAAUGAUCUUACUCAUACAUUCUUUAAUCCAGACAGAGAGGGAUGGCUGCUAAAGCUAGGAGGAAGAGUGAAGACCUGGAAGAGAAGGUGGUUCAUUUUGACUGAUAAUUGUCUGUAUUACUUUGAAUACACAACAGACAAGGAGCCACGGGGGAUCAUUCCACUGGAGAAUCUUAGUAUACGAGAGGUGGACGAACCAAGGAAACCAAACUGCUUUGAGCUGUACAACCCCAGUCACAAGGGGCAGGUAAUUAAAGCAUGCAAGACGGAGGCAGACGGGAAGGUGGUGGAAGGUAAUCAUGUGGUGUACAGAAUAUCAGCACCCACGCCAGAGGAGAAGGAAGAGUGGAUCAAAUCCAUCAAGGCAAGCAUCAGCAGGGACCCUUUCUAUGACAUGCUGGCUACAAGGAAGCGACGUGUGGCCACUAAAAAGUGAGAGGUAUCUGAACCUGAAAGUCCCGUAACUUGGGUUCUGCUGAUCACUCUUCAAAUGGAAACUCCCUUAAUCACACAGAAUCUCUGCAGGAGAUAACUGGAAACACAAGAGCUCUCAGAGUAAAGGGGAAAAUGACUAGAUUUUCAAAAACAUAGGGAUAUAUGUAUUUUGAAAAUAUUUGACUCUUUAGUAAAAAGAAGAAAAAAUAAAACAGUGGACUAUGGGGAGUUGUGCUUCCAACUGCCUACAGUAGGAACAUUACAAGACAUUUGUUUCAACAAUCACUAAAUGUUCAGGUUUAGUCAUGGAGAUGUUCUCAACUCUUUAAGCUCUGGCAAUGAUUACAAGAGGCUCAAGGAAGGAAUAUAUUAAAUAUAUAAUUUAAGAAAAUACCAGACUACUGGUGACAUAAUUUCCAUUCACAUUCUGUUUAUAUAUAUAUAUAUAUAUAUAUAUAUAAACAGAUGUGGCAUAAGGCAUGAAUCAGACUGAAUAAAAUUUCCAGAGCUAUUAAAAUGCUGUUUAAUAUAUUAAUUGCAUCAAUAGUUUUAAAAAUGUUUAUGGUCAGUUAUGUUAUCUCAUAGACAUCUAAAUCAGCAGGACUGGUUACAUUUAUUGGAAGACAGAAAAUAACAAAUUGUUUUUAUAUCCUAUUUAUAUGCUUUGUUUCCAAGUUCCUUAAAUAAUAUUAUGAUUAAAAAAACUAUUCAUUUCUUAAGUUCAAAUAUAAUACAAACUCUGCACCCUUUUGUAAAGUUUUUUUAAUUGUUGUUUGAAAUAAGUUAAGGUAUUUCAUUGUAUUUAUGUAAUAUUGCAAUUCUGUUACAUGAACCCAUUGUUCUUGUUUUUUAAAUAACACAAUAAAAUCACUAAGGCUAUUUUUUAUUUUCUGAAAUUAUGCUGAAACACCAUGAAUAAAAAGACUUUUUAUUCAUCUUUCCAGCUUUCAGUAAAGAUUUUACAGCAAUGUAAAAAUGAAACAUUUCUCAUGGUUGAAUGCAAUGAAAUCCACUUUGGAUGAAAGGACGCCAUAUUCAUAAAAGAGAAUGAAAGCAGUUGAGUUCUGUCGAAUUCCUGUGCCGCAUACACCAGUGUCAUUGAGAUGAAUGGGAAUUCUAACAGAAAUCAGUGUACACAAACGUGCAGGAGAACUUUUAUGUUUAUUGUUAUAUUUCAUAAAAGACCCCUGCUGAAAAUGUUUUAAUGUCCCAUGGUGCAGAGUCUUGGUCUGGGUACAUGGAGGACUGCUUUGAGUGGACCUGUUAGAGCCUUGGUCUCAUGAUUUGCUCCGUGCCACUUGUGCAAUCCACUCUGGAUUUAACAAGUAGCCAGUGUAAUCUUUCCAGACCCGGACUGAUGUUCUGGGGCAGAACUGCACUGAAGUACAUGAUGCUUUUUCAGGUUUCAUCCAAUCAGGCAUGUCGAGAGAGCAGGUCUUUGACCAGGACCUUGUGACUAUGAACCCAUUUCAAACAUAUCUUCCGUUUGUCUCCAAGGUCCUUGAGAUAGAUAUUGUCAUACACUUGCAUAAUUUAACCCCCCCCA